AUGAGUGAGGAAUAUUCGGAUCAUAGGGAUGAGCUACUUGAGCAUGGCAGGGAGGCGUGGUCAGAUGCUGUAGAGGAGCAAGAGCAUGACGAUAAUGAUGAUGAUGAGGAUGAUGAUGAGGAUUAUGUAGUGGGCAACGCCGAGGAGGACGAAGAUGAAGAUGAAGACGAGGACGAAGAUGAAGAUGAGGAUGAUGACGACGACGAUGAAGGUGAGGGUGCAGGCCACGAGAUCCAGUUUGAAGUGUUGAUUCAAGAAGCGGGUGAUGGUUCCACGGAAGGUGCCCGGCGAACAUGGCGUCCGUUCCUCUCCCAACGAGAGUUUUUGGCCCUUCUUCGAAACCAGUACAUCGGCCCGGGGAUACUAGGAGACGACGACGACGACCCGACCGGCCAACGAAGCCUUUGGGAAUCUGGGGGUAGCGCUGCCCCCGAUUUUCCCAAGGUGCCUAGUGAAGAAGGCAGGAAACUGAUGGACUCCGGCGCUUUUGGUGCCAACGAUCCCAGGAUUCCCGCUCGCAAAGCUCUAGCUCGUCGAAUUUUAGACCGCGAGCUAGGGCUCACGGGCUCGUCUGGAGGGAACGGGAACCAAGGCCUCAUGGCUCAGUCCAUGCUCCCAUCGACCAAACCCGAGAUGGUUAUUAGAUACGACGAUCCUGUGUGCUGCGGACAGUUUUCGGCUGACGGCAACUUCUUUUAUGCAUGCGUAAAGGACUUCAAGGUUCGCCUUUACGACACAUCAAGUCCAUACAACUGGAAGCACUACAAAACAAUCCAUUAUCCCUUCGGGCAGUGGACCAUGACCGACGCGGACCUUAGCCCAGACAACAAGUGGCUCGCCUUCUCGUCCCUCCAACCACACGUCGGCAUCGCUGCCACGGACCCGAACGACACGGGUGACCCGUACUCUCUUAACCUCGCUGAUGGAGGUCAUCUCCGCAACAACGAAUACAUGUUUGGCGGCUUCGCCAUCUUCUCUGUUCGCUUCUCAGGCGACGGACGCCAUAUUCUAGCCGGGACCAACGUCCGCUCGAUCGUGAUGUACGACAUUGAGCGGCGCAAGGCGCUGUACCACGUUGAAGGCCAUACCGACGACGUCAACGCGGUCUGCUUUGCCGACAAAUCAUCCCCCCACAUCCUGUACUCCGGCUCCGAUGAUUGCACAAUCAAAGUCUGGGACACGCGCAGCUUAGGCGACGGGCGAGAGGCCGGCGCAUUUGUCGGCCACACUGAAGGACUUACCUACAUCGACAGCAAGGGUGAUGGGCGGUACGUCCUGAGCAACGGCAAAGACCAGAGCAUGAAACUCUGGGACUUGCGCAAGGCCAUGUCGACCGCACAAUUCGAAGCCGUCGACGCAACCGCCGCCACACGGACCCGCGAGUACGAGUACGACUACCGCUGGCAAGAGUACGAAGACUACCAGUGGUUCCGCCACCCGCACGACAACUCGCUCGUGACCUUCCGCGGCCACAAGGUCCAGCGUACGCUGCUGCGUUGCCAUUUCUCCCCACCAGGUAGCACCGACUCCCGAUAUGUAUGCUCCGGUAGCCACGACGGGUUUGUCUACGUCUGGAACCUGGAUGCUACUCUUGCUGCCAAGAUUGAUGUUCGCUCCGCCACGAAGAUGCAGGGGUUCCGGCCGAUGGGUAGGAGGUAUGCGGCACACCGUCGGGGGAACGGGUGGGAGUCGAUGGUCCGGGAUGUGGGCUGGCAUCCGAAUGCGCCUAUGUUAGUUGCUUCAUCCUGGGGCGGGUCGUCCUAUGAGGUGGGGACUGCGUCGCUUCACUCGUUCAACGAGGGUGAUUCUGAUGAGGGCGAUCCGGUUAUGGGUGUAUCUGUGAAUGAGAAGCUGGAGCCAUGGCACCCUUAA